GGCCUCAAGGCAUACUCCUGCCUCAGCCUCCCAGAGUGCUAGGAUUAUAGGUGUGAGCCUCUGUGCCGGCCUCUAGUUCCCAUUUUGUACCCUUGACUGCUUGUUCUCUCCAUUCCUUUCUCCCUCUGUUACCCUCCCCCCAUGUGGUUCAUAUUAAAGAUUUUGGAAAAACUCCUAAGUGAAAGAGCUAUGGAGGGAGGCGGGUGACACACAGAGGGACUUAGCAGCCCCUAUAUAAUGGAGGAAGGCAGCAACAGGGCCAGGAUGGAGAGUAGGUACAGAGGUUGUUUUAGCCUCCUUGCCCCACACCUGUCAUAGCUGCAGAAUCAGAUGCCUGCCUCAGUGGUCAUCACUUCAGGGAUAAGGUAAAAAGCUGCCUUCUAAAGGCAGGUCAGGCCCCCAAAGUGUAAUCCUUUAAGAAAAAAACCAGCAAGAUUAAUAUUCUGUACAAUCCUUGGAAGAGAUGCCUGUUGACUCUGUGUGUGUCCGUGUUCCACUCUGGAGCAGAAGCCAUCAUUAUUAUCAGAUAACAGUCGGAUCUUUCUGAUAGCCCAAGAUUCUUCCCCUUACUCUCAAUCGCCCCUUCACUUCUCUCUACCCUUAGCUGGAGGAGGAAACAGGUAGUCUCUUCUUAGUCUAUGACAAACAGAACAAGAAAUAGGGGGCUCCUGUCAUAUGCUUUCCUGUUCCAUUUCGCAUUUUGCAGGGGGUUGUUUGUAGGGAAUCAUAAAAGCAGGACUGUGUGCAUGGGCUCACAAAGGGAGAGAAACAUGGGAGAGCAGUAUUAUGAUGUUAGUGUUACUGUUACUGACAACAGUUGCCAUUGAAUGAGCCCUUACUAAACUCCAGGCACUGUGGCCAAGCACCUUGUGAGCAUCAUCUUUGUCAAUCCAAAAUAAUCCAGUGAGCAGCAACUGCCCUCCAGGGCCCCCACCUGUUCAGAGAAGGGGAGAGAGGACAUCCCUUGGAUGUGUUUUGGACAGGAGAACAGAGAAUGCCCAGCAAAUCAAGGAAGGUGCUAAGGGGUUAGAGAGAGGGAAUGAGAAGUGAAGCUGGGCUGAUGAGCUGGAAGUAGGUGAAUGGGUCAGAUCUCAUUUAGUGGCCUCUUAGGGAGAAAAGGGAAAUCCUCUCCUGUUUUCUCUCUGAAAUGUUCUUCCUGAGGCUUGUGGUAAAGUACAGGCUAAGAGUAUUUAAGUGGAGAGAAAAUACUGCCUUGGGAAACUUGAGAAUGACUCUAGCAACACACCAAUCCUUUAGUAGCCCAUCUCAAUUGAUCUUAUAAUUGUUCAUAUUGGGCAGACUGGGGAUGAGAGAAAGGGGAGAGUCACCCUAUUACUUUAAUUUGGACUUUGGUUUCCCAUUGCAAACAGCCCUCUGCCCGUGCAGAUCCAUCCAGGAUAUCUUGCCUUAUAGGUUGGGGAAGAUGAUUUUCAAAGGUUGAUUAGUUAAGAAAGGCCCUGGGGCCUGGAAAUAAAGGGUAUGGGGAGGAAAAUGGGAGUGGGGUCUUUCUCCCCAGAUCUCAAAAUUGGGAAUGAAGAUUUUUUUAGCUAUAUGGGUCUUACUAGAGCUGUAAACAUUGAGUAAUUUGAGUAAUCCCCUGUAGAGAUUACUCAAAAUUGCCCACUAUGUCUCUUCCCACCAGCCCCUUUUUGUCUCCCAACCCCUCUACUACCAAACCAUGUCUUCGUGGACCAGUCAUACAGGAUGUGCCUCUUACACGUAGGUGUAAGAGUGUUGUCUCAGACCCUUGUUUUGUUAGUUUAUCUUUCCAUGAGGCUCUUCAUGUUUAUUAAAUUAACAGGCAAUGGGUUUGUGUGACAUGCCCACAGCUUCUUAGUAUGUGAUACAGGCCAAGCCUGUGUUCUGGGAGUAUGUGUCACUUUGGCCUUUGGCUGGGGAACUGAUGAUGGUGGGAGAACACUCAAUUACUCUCUCUGCAACUGCAUAACUAUUUCUUCAGAGCUUGUGGGAAAUGGUUCCACCCAUCAGCUUUAGGGAAUGUGGGUUGGGGAGAGGGGAGGGAAUCUCUCCAAGGUUUGGAUGACAAACUUCCCUCUUCUUUAUUCACCUCUUGAUGCAGAAAAAGGGCUAGGAUGCUCUGACAGGGCCAUCUCCACCUUGCAGGUACAUUGGGGCACUGGGUGCCCGAGUGAUCUGUGACAAUAUCCCUGGUUUGGUGAGCCGGCAGCGGCAGCUGUGCCAGCGUUACCCAGACAUCAUGCGUUCGGUGGGCGAGGGUGCCCGAGAAUGGAUCCGAGAGUGUCAGCACCAGUUCCGCCACCACCGCUGGAACUGCACCACGCUGGACCGGGACCACACUGUCUUUGGCCGUGUCAUGCUCAGAAGUAGCCGGGAAGCAGCAUUUGUAUAUGCCAUCUCAUCAGCAGGGGUGGUACAUGCUAUCACUCGUGCCUGCAGCCAGGGUGAACUGAGUGUGUGCAGCUGUGACCCCUACACCCGUGGCCGACAUCAUGACCAACGUGGGGACUUUGACUGGGGUGGCUGCAGUGACAACAUCCAUUAUGGUGUCCGUUUUGCCAAGGCCUUUGUGGAUGCCAAGGAGAAGAGGCUUAAGGAUGCCCGGGCCCUCAUGAACUUACAUAACAACCGCUGUGGUCGCACGGCUGUACGGCGGUUUCUAAAACUGGAGUGCAAGUGCCAUGGUGUGAGUGGUUCCUGUACCCUGCGCACCUGCUGGCGUGCACUCUCAGACUUCCGCCGCACAGGUGAUUAUCUGCGGCGGCGCUAUGAUGGGGCUGUACAGGUGACGGCCACCCAAGACGGUGCCAACUUCACAGCAGCUCGCCAAGGCUAUCGCCGUGCCACCCGGACUGAUCUUGUCUACUUUGACAACUCCCCAGACUACUGCGUCUUGGACAAGGCUGCAGGUUCCCUAGGCACUGCAGGCCGUGUCUGCAGCAAGACAUCAAAAGGAACAGAUGGUUGUGAAAUCAUGUGCUGUGGCCGAGGGUACGACACAACUCGAGUCACCCGUGUCACUCAGUGUGAGUGCAAAUUCCACUGGUGCUGUGCUGUGCGUUGCAAGGAGUGCAGAAACACUGUGGACGUCCACACUUGCAAAGCCCCCAAGAAGGCAGAGUGGCUGGACCAGACCUGAACACAUAGAUACCUCACUUAUCCCUCCACUUCAAGACUCCCAACUCAAAAGCACAAGAUCCUUGCAUGCACACCUGCCUCCACCCUCAAUCCUGGGCUGCUACAGCUUCUAUUUAAGGACUUGGAGAAUAAUCUAGAGGGAC